GCGGGCAGCAGCAGCAGGAGGGAUCCCCUCGGCGCUCCUUUCUGCAUGGGCUGCCCUGCGCCCGCAGUGGGCGGUGCAGGCGGGGGAUGCCAAUCCCCAUGACCAUCUCCCCGAACAUGUGGCGGAGUAGACGGGAUCUCCCGCUGCACGUGUCUGCUGCUGCUGCUGGAGGCGGCAGCGGCGGUGGCCGCGACAGGUAAACCGACCGCACCCCCACCCACCCCGCACUCCUGGCCGCCCCCUUCCCAGAUGUACCGAGGCGAGAGGAAGUAUCCAUGGAUUGCCUCCUGCUUUUCCUGUGGACUUUGCCCGUGGCGAUCGGCGACGCCACCCCGAUGCACUCGCUCACCAUCCUCUGGCUGGGCAGCAUUGCAAAGAGUCUGCAGCUGUGCUGCCUCUGUUGCGUGUCCUUGGCGGCCGCGUUAACCGGUGACAGCGGCGGCAUCGGCGGAUUCAACCACGAUUACAUCUUUGUCACCCCUGUUGAAGUGGACUCCAGUGGAUCGUACAUCACGCAUGAUGUUUUGCGCAGUGCUAGAAGGAAACGAUCAACCGUGAGCUCCAAGAGUUCCUUGCACUAUAAAUUUUCAGCAUUUGGACAGGAACUUCUCUUGGACCUCCAGCUUUCAGCCUUUUUUGGCAAUGGUUUCACUGUCCAGGUGCUUGGGGAAGAUGGCAUCGUGCAUUCUCAGGAACAUGAAGUUGAACAGUGUUUCUAUCAGGGAUUUAUAAGGAACUAUAGUUCUUCUUCAGUAGCCAUAUCUACAUGCGUAGGCUUGUCAGGUUUGAUAAGGACACAGGAGAAUGACUUCCUUAUAUCUCCAUUACCUCAACACCUAGCACAGGAACACCACUACACGCCACCUGCCGGACACCACCCUCAUGUAUUGUACAAACGGACCGCUGAAGAGAAGGUGCACCGGUACAAAGUAGAUUCCAAUCCCCAUCACUUCCCCCCUGGCCAUCACAGAAAUCACACUGCCCACAGGUCUCACGUCCAAGCUCACGGUUACCACCACGGAAGGUUUCAAAAGCAGCAUUUUUGUGGACGUCGCAAGAAAUACACACCUAAACCACCCACAGAGGACACAUUCAUCCUGUCUGAUGAAUAUCGGAGCUUGGCGAGGCUGAAAAGAUCCCCCAUUAAAAGUCAGAAGAGUGGAAGUUUGAAUGUUGAAACUCUAGUUGUGGCAGACAGGAAAAUGCUGGAGAAGCACAGCAAGGAGAAUGUGACUACGUACAUCUUGACAGUCAUGAACAUGGUAUCAAGUCUUUUUAAGGAUGGCACAAUUGGAAGUGACAUCAAUAUUGUAGUUGUGAGCCUUCUUCUUCUGGAACAGGAACCCGGUGGGCUGAUGAUCAACCAUCAUGCAGACCAGUCAUUAAACAGCUUUUGCCAGUGGCAAUCAGCUCUGGUUGGAAAGAAUGGAAAGCGUCAUGACCACGCCAUCUUGCUUACUGGAUUUGAUAUAUGCUCCUGGAAGAAUGAACCAUGUGACACUUUAGGUUUUGCUCCAAUCAGUGGAAUGUGCAGUAAAUACCGCAGUUGUACCAUCAAUGAGGACACGGGGCUUGGUUUGGCAUUUACUAUUGCCCAUGAAUCUGGACACAAUUUUGGCAUGAUUCAUGAUGGAGAAGGGAACCCUUGCAGAAAAGCCGAAGGUAACAUUAUGUCUCCCACCCUCACGGGAAACAAUGGAGUGUUUUCAUGGUCUGUAUGCAGCCGGCAGUAUCUCAACAAAUUUCUCAGUACUGCUCAAGCAGCUUGCCUGGUAGAUGAACCCAAACAAGCCGGACAAUACAAAUACCCCGAUAAGCUCCCAGGACAGAUAUAUGAUGCUGACACCCAGUGCAAAUGGCAAUUUGGAGCAAAAGCAAAACUCUGCAAUCUGAGUUUUGUAAAGGAUAUAUGUAAAUCACUGUGGUGCCAUAAAGUAGGCCAUCGAUGUGAGACUAAGUUUAUGCCAGCCGCGGAAGGAACACCCUGUGGGAUAGGCAUGUGGUGUCGAAGAGGUCAAUGUGUACAAUAUGGAGACCAUGGUCCCAAGCCUGUUAAUGGCCAGUGGUCCAUGUGGUCUGAAUGGUCCAGUUGCUCUCGGACCUGUGGGGGUGGAGUCACGUACCAAGAGAGACACUGCAAUAAUCCAAAGCCUCAGUACGGUGGCAAAUUCUGUCAGGGCUCAAGUCGCAUUUAUCAACUUUGCAAUAUUCAACCUUGCAUGUCUAGUAGCCCUGACUUCCGUGCCCAACAGUGUGCUGAAUAUAACAGCAAACCUUUUCGUGGAUGGUACUAUAAGUGGAAGCCCUACAUUAAAGUGGAAGAGGAAGAUCGCUGCAAACUAUACUGCACUGCAGAAGACUUUGACUUUUUCUUUGCAAUGUCCAACCGAGUGAAAGAUGGAACCCCUUGCUCCCUGUACAGAGACGAUGUGUGCAUUGAUGGGAUUUGUGAACAAGUUGGGUGUGAUCGUCAGCUUGGAUCUAAAGCUGUUUUGGAUGCAUGUGGAGUUUGCAAAGGAGAUAAUUCAACAUGCAAGUUCUUCUCUGGCCAUUAUUUGACCCAACAUAGAACUAAUGAUUAUUACCCCAUUGUUACGAUUCCAGCAGGAGCCCGCAGCAUUGAAAUCCAGGAAGUGCAGAUGUCUAGCAGCUACCUUGCAGUUCGCAACUUGAGCAAAAAAUAUUACCUAACAAAAGACUGGACAAUUGAUUGGCCUGGGAAAUUCUAUUUUGCUGGGACCAUGUUUGAGUAUGAGCGCUCGUUUAGCCAUCCAGAGAGGCUUUCUGCAACUGGGCCAACUAAUGAGACACUCAUAUUUGAGAUCCUUUUACAAGGCAACAAUCCUGGCAUUGCUUGGCAAUAUACCUUCUCUAAGAUUAUAAAUGAGAACAAGAUAUUCACAAAGAGACAUAGCUACUCAUGGGUAACAGUGCAGUCAGAUUGCUCAGCUACGUGUGGCGGGGGGCACUUGAUAGUGAAAGCUGUAUGUUUACAAGAUCACCGUGUCCGUGUCAAUGCCUCUUUCUGUGGCCCAAGCACAAAGCCCUUGACGGAGACAAAGAUAUGCAGUGCAAAUCCUUGCCCAGCCUAUUGGUCAGCAGGUGAAUGGAGUGUUUGUAGCCAGUCUUGUGGUGGAGGGCAACAAAGUCGUCCAAUCCAGUGUGUCCAGAAAAAGGCUUUUCAGAAGGAGGACAUUGUGGCCCAUGCUCUCUGCCCAGUAACCACACCAGCACAAAUCCAGGCAUGUAACCACCAAGACUGUCCACCAGAAUGGAGUCCUGGCCCGUGGUCUCAGUGUUCCAAAACUUGUGGAAGAGGACUUGCAAAACGUGAUGUUGUCUGCAAAAGUGUAGGGCCUUCUACACUGAAAAUCCUGCCGGAGAAUAUGUGCAGCAGUCAAACAAAGCCAGAAAUGCAGCAGAUGUGUGUGUUGGAACGGUGCCCCAAAAACGAUCGUCUGCAAUGGGUGAUUUCUGCUUGGAGUGAGUGCUCUACCACCUGUGGCCCAGGUGUGAAGCGGCGAGAAAUGCAGUGCAGCGAGAAAAGUAUCAGUGGCAAACUGAUCACUUUCCCACAGCGCCGUUGCCGGAACCUUAUGAAGCCAAACAUCGAACUGGAGGAAGGCUGCAACAGAGGAGCAUGUUCUCUGCACCAUUUAUACCACAGGGUGUCAGGGUGGUAUUCUUCACCUUGGCAACAGUGCACGGUGACAUGCGGUGGAGGAGUGCAGACACGGACUGUCCAGUGCCUUCGUCAGGGUCAACCAGCUGUGGGCUGCCUGCCUCAGCAGAAGCCUGCAAUGUCAAGAGCCUGCAAUACUAAUUUCUGCCUUGCCCCUGAGAAGAAAGAUGAUCCUUCUUGUGUGGACUUCUUCACUUGGUGCCAUCUGGUCCCCCAGCAUGGUGUCUGCAAUCACAAAUUUUACGGCAAGCAAUGCUGCAAAUCGUGCACACGGAAGAACUGAUGUUAAUGGAGUCAGUCCAACACUUCAAUGGCAAGAGCCUCCCUUCCAAGUUGAUGGCAAACUUUUCUAGAAGGUCUUCCAGAACCACGAAUGACCAAUGGAAGAGACUUGGGUACUGUAGAACAAGAUGUUCUAUGGUACAGCUUUUAACCAAGGAUUAGUACACAAGGACUGGACUUUUUCCAAACAGGGUAUUUUUGAAUGCUAGCAGAUGGAGGCAACUUUUAGCCUUCUUUCUAUUUGUCAUUAACCCUACUCUGUUUAAUUGUCUUAUCUGAUCUCCAAAGUGGAGUAGCACAGUCAGUAUGGUGCUCAUAUUCUGCUCAGUGGUAUGCACACAGAACCUGCAAUGAGGCAAUAUCAUUGUAAUAUGAAGAGAUAUAUUGGCUAUUUCAAUGUUAGUUAGCAUAGCCCUUCAAAACAAGCAGA